AUGCAGAUCAAUCUCUGGUCCGCGGCUCGCGCCAUUCUUGUCCUCGCCACCUCUCUCCAUUCGGUCCAUGGCCGGGCCAUUGACACUCCUCGGAACCUGAUUCCGACCCCUAGUCAGGACCCCUUCUACAUCCCACCCGCCGGCUUCGAGUCGGCCAGUCCCGGUGCCGUCCUUCGCUCCCGUAAAGUCGUGGCGUCCUUCUUUUCACUCAUUCCCAACCCCAUCGAGACGUACCAGAUCCUGUAUCGCACCACCGCCGUUGACGGAUCCGCCAUUGCAACCGUCACCACCGUCUUCAAGCCAGCCUUUGCCAAAAAGGACCGGUUCGUCACAUGGAACACGGCCUACGACAGCUCGGCCACGCAGUGCAACCCCAGCUAUUCGUACCGCCUCGCGUCCAGCAUCUUGCCGUCCAUUUUUACCACGAAUGCUAUCGAGCAGCUAAUUAUUGAGCUCUACAUUCUCAAGGGCUACAUUGUCUCGUCGCCCGACUAUGAAGGCCCGGACGCGGCCUUUACCGCUGGCCGACUCUCCGGCAUGGGCGUCUUGGACAGCAUGAGAGCCGUAUCCAACUUUGGCAGCACCCUGGGUCUCUCGACGACCAAGCCGUCCAUCGUUGGCGCUGGCUACUCUGGCGGCGGUCUUGCCACCGCUUGGGCGGCGGCUCUGCAGCCGAGUUAUGCCCCCGAGCUGCCCGUCAAGGGCUGGACUGCCGGCGGGAUUCCUGCUAACUUGACGUACAUUUUUGAGUCGAUUGACAGCACGCUCUUGAGUGGUUUUGAGACUAUUGCCCUUGCAGGUCUUCAAAAGCCGUCCGCCUAUGGAGCCACGCUGAAGCCGUUUCUGGACGGACUCGCCACACCGGCCCUUCAAAAGGUGCUCCAUAUCGCCGACACACAAUGCAUGGUGCCGAAUCUCCUUGCUUUCCCGUUCCAGUCUCUGUUCGACACCAAGUAUCAGAGCCUUGGCAAGGACAUUCUCGCAGCCCCAACACUGCUCUCCGUUUUGCAGGACAAUACACUGGGCGUCGACAAGGCACAGAAGCCGUCCGUGCCUUUUCUCAUGUUCCAUGCCAAACCCGAUGAGCUCGUUCCAUACGCCCCCGCGGCCAAAACCCGCGACACGUGGUGUGCUGAUGGUGCCACCAUUAAAUUUAUCGAAUACGGAAAUGGUGGCCAUGGUACUACCGCUGUGCUUGGGCUUCCUGAUGCCGUGCAGUUUGUAGACGAUUCGUUCAACAACAAAGUUGCUUCUGGGUGUACGAGCAAGACUGUUCUUGACAGCACACUCAACCCCCUUGCGUUUGGCAUCUCUUUGGAGCCUCUGGCUAUAGGGCUGAUCAACUAUUUAGCCGCCCUAGGCAAAAAGGAUGCGAAUUGGCUGGCAGGCAUCAAAAGCGGCGCAGUUACAAGAUGA